ACACCUUAACUUGGCUUGCUAACCGCCAGCCGAAGUCCAAAACAAGAAGAAGAAGAAGAAGCCCGUGAGUGAAACUGCACUGAUCCAAGUACUGAUUGAACAAGGUCGUUGUUACGUUGCUUUUGGGGAUUUUGUAUUUUGAUUUUGAGCUCGUACCAUGGCGCCGCUGUGUAAAAGAAGAAGAACUUUGGCCCUUGCUCUUCUGCUUGCGCUGAGGAUGAGAAGACGUCUGUGGGUGCAUCCCCUCAACCAGCAAAGACGACAACAAGGAGAUUUCUAUCAUCUCGUUGCAGAGCUGAGACUGGAUACCCAACGCCACUAUCAGUAUUUCCGGAUGAGCGCCAAGAAGAUGGAUGAACUUCUCUCCUUCGUUGGGCCAGAGCUCAGGCGGCAAUCUACAAACUACAGAGCCGCAAUAGAGCCCAAACAAAGGUUGGCAGUGGGCCUGAGGUAUUUGGCUUCUGGUGAAUCCAUGAUCAGCUUGGCCUCCAGUUACAGACUGGGUUGCUCAACAGUGAGAGACUGUGUGCACAUGUUGUGUGAAGCCAUUGAGAAGGUCAUGAUGGAGCAGUUCAUCCCUAUGCCAACAGAGGAAGUUUGGAAAGAGGUGGCCCAAAGAUUCUGGGAAAAAUGGAACUUCCCAAACUGUCUGGGAGCGCUGAAUGGGAAGCAUAUGGCCAUACAAGCACCACCCAAGUCAGGCAGUCAGUACUUAGAUUGCAAAACCUUUUCUGUUGUGCUUUUGGCAUUAGUCGAUGCUGAUUACAGGUUUAGGUUUAUUCAGGUUGGGGACUUUGGAAGCACUAGCGAUGGAGGAGUGUACUCAGGGUCUGAUCUGGGUAUAGCGAUGGCGAAUGGAAAUCUUAAUGUCCCGCCUGAUACAACUUUGCCCGGUGCUCCUCACCUCGGUGAGAUUCCGUUUGUUAUGGUGGGUGACGCUGCAUUCCCACUAAAAACUUACCUGAUGAGGCCAUACCCCGGUAAGAAUCUACCGCAGACCAAGAGAAUAUUUAAUUACAGAUUGUCGAGGGUAAGGAUGGUUGUUGAGAAUGCUUUUGGCAUUCUCUCAGCUAGGUGGAGGAUUCUCCUUCGCCGCAUUAACUUGCAACCACAACGCGUGGACACAUUGGUAGUUGCAGCAUGCAUUCUACACAACUUUUUGCUGUCUCCAAAUGAGAGUCAGCGGUGGUUGGAGGAAAACGAAGCUUCAGGGCAACACUUGGAGCAGGUAAGGAGUAUGGGAGGGAAUAGGGCUUCCAAAGCUGCGCAAAAUGUGAGGGAUAUAUUUAAUUCUUAUUUUAUGUCUGCUGAAGGAAGUGUGCCAUGGCAAAGCAGAAUGGUGUGAUUUGUGCAUAUUCUUUCUAAAUACCGUGCUGCAUGAUAAAUAAAACAGAUUUUACAUUU